AUGUCCAACCCUGUGGUGACCAGUCAACCAGGCGCAGGCGGCUACGGCACCAACGUCCAAACUGGACAGUGGAGCACAGGCCUCUGCGCUUGUUGCAGUGAUUUGUUGAUUUGUGCUUUUGGCUGCAUCUGCCCGACUGGCCUGGCCUGCUACACUGCGGACAAAUAUGGCGAAAACUGCUGCUUGGGAUUCGUGCCUGGUGGCUUGACGGCGAUGAGGACCCACAUGAGGCUCACGUAUGGCAUCGAGGGGACAGUCUGCAACGACGCCCUCAUGUCAUGCUUCUGUGGCCUCUGCGAGUUGUGCAGAAUGGCCAGAGAGAUCCGCAUCCGGAAUGGAGAGACUUCACCAUAA